CUGCACUUCCUGGUUUGCACGGCGCAUGCGCGGUACAGUCACGCCUGCACCUGAGGAUGAGGAUUGUGCGCAUGCGCGGUCACAAAUUAGGACUUCUUGGUGAUCCAGAAGCGGCCGGCUUAUUAUUAUUGUUGUUGUUGUUAAUAAGCGGUCAUGUCCGCGGCCUCAGCCGAGGCUCUGGCCGGUUACCCAAGCGGUAAAAUGGCCGAUAAGGACGCAGGGCAGGAGACGGCGCUGGGCAGCGCUUAUUCCCCGGUGGACUACAUGAGCAUCACCAGCUUCCCCCGUUUACCCGAGGACGACGUGAUGGCCGGGGAGAGCGGCCUGAAAUCCCGCAGAGACGAGGAUCAUUUCCUGGGUGAACAGGACACAGACCCGGACCUGUUCCUGAAGUCAGCGCGUCUGCAGCGCGUGGCCUCAUCAGCGUCGGACCUGGCCAGCCACGAUUCAUCUCCUCUGAGAGAGACGAGGCAAGACCCGCUGGCUCAGGACUGCGCGUGUACACGAGACGGCCUCACCGUCCUCAUCACGGCCUGCCUGACCUUCGCCACCGGGGUCACCAUCGCCCUCAUCGUGCAGAUCUAUUUAGGAGAACCGCAGAUCUUUAAUCAGGGUGCCGUGGUGACGGACGUGGCCCGCUGCACCUCUCUGGGUUUCGACGUUCUCAGUCAGCAGGGUUCCAGCGUGGAUGCUGCCAUCACCGCCGCUCUCUGCUUGGGUAUCAUCCACCCCCACACCUCGGGCCUCGGCGGUGGAGGAGUGAUGCUGGUCCACGACAUUCGAAAAAACGAAAGCCGCAUCAUUGACUUCCGCGAAACGGCGCCCUCUGGCCUGCGGGCGGAGAUGCUGCAGGACGUCCAGCAGAAGCCAGGUCUCAUGGUGGCUGUACCAGGCAUGCUCAGUGGACUGCAUCAAGCUCACCAGCUCUACGGAAAAAAGUCCUGGAAGGAGGUGAUCACGAUGGCCGCAGACGUCGCCAGGAAAGGCUUCAACGUAACCCAUGACCUGGCGGACGCUCUGUCCCAAAUAAAGGUAGAGAAUGUCUCGGAGGCUUUCAGGGAGCUCUUCCUUCCCGACGGCCAUCCUCCUCUCUCUGGCCUCUUCAUGACACGGCAGGAUCUGGCGGCCAUUUUGGACAGAGUGGCAGCCAAUGGGAUCUCGGAGUUCUACGAUGGAAAUCUGACACAGGAAAUGGCGUCUACGGUUCAGGCCAGUGGAGGUGUUCUGAUGGAGGUGGAUUUCAGUAACUACACCACAGUCCUCCAGCAGCCAGUACAGAGCCGUUACCAAGGUUAUCAGAUAAUGGCCGCACCGCCUCCUCACGCUGGAGCUGCCCUCAUUACAGCCCUCAACAUCUUGGAAGGUUACAACAUCACCAGUCAGACUCAGAGGAGCAGCACCCUCCACUGGAUCACUGAGACCCUGAAAAUCGCCUUGUCUCUGGCCAGCGCUCUCGGAGACCCUGCGUUUGACUCGUCUGUCUCCGAAGUCCUGGCUCGAAUGUUAAGUAAAAGUCAGGCUGCUCAGUUCCGGCACAUGAUCAACGACUCGCACUCCUCUCCUCCGGACCAUUACUCGCCCAGUUACGCUCUGGAGGAGGGCACAGGGGUCAGCCAGGUCAUGGUCAUGGGGCCUGAUGACUUCAUCGUCUCUGUAAUGAGCUCGAUGAAUCAGCCUUUCGGCAGCCGCAUCGUGACGCCAUCUGGAAUCCUCCUGAACAGCCAAAUUCUGGACUUCUCCUGGCCCAACAAGAGUCAGAGCUCCGUCCCGUCCAAUCCGCACAACAGCGUUCAGCCCGGGAAGAGGCCACUCUCGUUCCUCAUGCCCACUGUCGUCAGACCCUCGCUGGGUGUCUGUGGUACUUACGUGGCGCUCGGAUCCUCCAACGGCGACCGCGCGGUCAGCGGCAUCACACAGGUUUUGAUGAACGUCUUGUCACUGCAUAAGAAUCUGAGCGACAGUCUGACCAUUGGCAGGCUUCACCCUGAGCUCCAGUCCAACACACUCCUGGUGGACGCGGAGUUUCAGAGUGCGGACGUGGAGAUGCUGGAGCAGAAAGGCCACGAUGUUCAGAGGGUGGAGGUCAUAUCGCUGGUGGAAGGAACCAGGAGAACCAACGACGUCAUCAUCGGCGUGAAGGACCCUCGCAGUGUCGACGCCUCCGCGCUCACCAUGUUCACGUCCAUGCCGUAAUAACCCCGCCCCCAGCGCUCUACUCUACUGUGUGUGCAAUAACGCAAAUGUAGACUGAAUGUACACUACUAACACUUGGAAAAAGUGGCUCUAAGCCACAUCUCACACACACACACACACACACACACACACACACACACACACACACACACACAGCAUGCUCACACCUAGACGUCACUAAACCACACAUCAUCCAGGCUGCCUAAGGUUCAGUUCAGACCCGGUGUUAACUUUCGUCUCAGGUGAUCUGAUCACAAGCGGUUAGGUACAGGUCGUCAUGGAGACGUGAUCUAAUUAUUUAAAGGUGCAAUGGUCCUUUUUUUUUUUUUUUUUUUUUUUUUUUUUUUUUUUUUUUUUAAUUCUUUACUCGUACAAAUAACCUGGAAGAUAUGUCGACCCUGAUCAAAAUAAACAACUGAAAAAAAAAGUGAAUUAAGUCAGUUUGGAAAAUUUAAUCCGGAAUGCUUGUUUGUGUUUGGAUGCGCUUCCUGUCAGUCAUUUUAUAGACACUAUACUCUACAGGCCACUGUAGAUCCUGGGGGCGGAGCUUGGUGAAUGUGGGCGGGAAUCAUUCAAAUCUUGAACCUACCUAACCGUUAGAGACCUAAUCUUGGGGUUUAAAAUUUUUUUUUUUUUUAAAAAGAACUCAUCUCACCUACUGCACCUUUAAACCAGAUGGUCGAUGAUUGAUUUAAAAAAUGAAAUUAGAGUAUGUUUACCUUUUUAAAAAUAACAAUUCAAGUGAAAAUUGGUAUCCAAAUGAUGACUUGAGUGAGAGGAGGAAAGAAAACUACGUAGCUGGUGCAUGAUUCAUGAAGUCUUUAAUUCCUCUUGUACCACAGCAAUUAAAAUGUUUUUCAUUUAUCAAAGUACAUCGUCGUACUUUUUAUCCAUUUGUAGUUACGUUUAAUGUUGUGGAACCUCCUAGUUCCUGCGUGAAAGUGUAAAACGUUACAUAAACGUCUCCUUUACAGAAAACUUCACCGAAUCGACGAUUACGCGUGUUUUUACACGGUUUUGUACGGCGGACGCUCCAUAUAGUCUCUGUGAUCGUCCCGUUACUAUAGAAACGAUGACGUAUCGGAAGGAGCGUGUUAAUAUCUAAUAUAAACCUGCACUACUAUCAGAGGUGCUGUUAGAAAAUGAAUUGAACACCUUCUGACCCAUCAGAAUUUACAGUAUUUACAUUCCUAUUCCACUUCUAAUCAAAUCCGAUAAAAUUAGAUCAACGUUAAUCCCAGGUCUGAACGGGCUCUCGGAGACCUCCGAUCUUUUCACACUCGUCCUAAUUUUCCCAAUCAGGGAACUGAAGAGUUGUUAAGGGGGAGGAGCUUAAGUUCAAUAUGAUCAGCCAAUCACAGACUUUAACCUGUGAUGUCAAUACUUGCGAAAUUGCACUUCUAACGCAUUUCUCUUCUUUAACAUGAUGAGUGAAACAGCUAAUGAUAACAUGACGGGUCUUCUCCUUUCGAUAGAUGAUUAUGGGGAAAAACAAGAAUUUGUCUUCUUGUUACUACAGGUUUUUUUUCUUUCUUUUUUUUCAUAAUUCCGGUUGUCUUUAAUUACGCAAUACAAUUUUUUUUCCUCAAAUGUUAGCUAUCUUCUUGGGUCAUUUGUUUGAUUUUGAUUUUACACCAUAUUUUAAAUACGUACAUAUAUUAUUUUUGCUAGAUACCUUACAUCAGCGUUAACAUAAGCUAAGCUACCUGUUGCUGUAGCUAACAUGAGCGCAAUACUGGUUAGCUUUGCUAACGUUGCUAAACCAUCAUAUUAUCAUUAAAUGUUACAGUAUGCGGGAAAAUAAUAGAAAAGCUACUGAUGUCACACGAUUACAACUGCAAAUCCAUGAACAAUGUAACUUAAGCUCCACCCCUUUUCGACUAGCACCACCAAUCACACAAUAUUAAGAUUAGUUUGUGGUUUGUUUGGGUUUUAUUUCUCUUGUGUAUGAUUUGAGGACAAACGAACUGCCUUCUAUUCGUAAAUGAACAUGCGAUGAUCCGAAUAAAGCAGAUUAUUCGGGUUAUUUAAUAUAAUGUAACGGAAAUUAUUUAACUGAAGGGUUAUUUUUUGUGAAUUUUAAUAAGAUUAUAAAAGAGUUGGAUGUAAAUUUUUGCUGAAAUGUUUAUGGGUGUUGGCUUUCUUCUACUACUUUUGCUGAAUAUUAUUUAUUGAUCAUUUUAGCGGCUUUGUUUUGGUAUUAUUUGAUGGCAGUGUGUGUUCAUGUGGUCUGAAGUUGAAACUGCAGUAAUAAGAGAAGUUUUAAUUUAAUGUCCCGUAUGUAAAGAAGGAUCUGUUUCGCUUUGGGGGUUUUUUUUUUCAUUCAUUGAUUGAAUUAUUUUUUUAUUUAUUCAUUCUGUGUGGCAUGAUGUUGUGAUUUUGUACAUAUUUGCACUAUUUCUCCCUUUUUUUUUUAUUUUUAAAUAUUGGGAUAUCGUGUUGCUUUGAAGGACAUGUUACAUUUUUGUAUGCUGAUUUAUUAAUAAGCGUAGUGUUUAGCAGGUUUAGGAGAAAACGGAACAUUUUCCAUCGUUAAUGUGUUAAUGUCAUGUGAUCAUAAUGCCUUGAAUCCAUACUUAUGGAACAAAAUAGUUCUAGUUAUUUUUAAAUAUGUUGAAUACUAAUUUACUCAGAUUUCCUGCUUACUUUUUGUUUUCAGAUUUAAUCAGGCCUACAUUAAUGUUCACUUGCAGUGUGUUCAAGUUUAAGUGACUGCUUUAGAGGCUGCUAAAUAUAAAUAUAUUGACCUGUACACCAAGGCAUUAUCUGCUAUUCAGUGCCUGUAUUUUUUUUUCCAGUUGUUUAAUGUUUGUGAAGCUCUUUUUUCAAAGAUGCAAUCAAAUAAACACAUUGACUUGAAGUAACUUGUUUUCAGUGGAACAGAAGAUAUAAAUAAAUAAAUAUAGAUAGAUAGAUAGAUAGAUAGAUAGAUAUAAUUAUAUAUAUAUAUAUAUUUUUUUUGUUGUUGUUGUCUGUCCAUGACAUAAAUAGAAUUUACUUCUAUGUCGGAAAGAAAAAACAUUUUUAAAAUAUAUUAAAAAUAUGAUACAAGAGAUACAAAGAUCGGUGGCAGAUCCGGUUUACUGGUCUACUAGUUAUAUACUAAUUUUGUAAUAAUACAAAUUUUUAUAUUUCUUAUUGUUAUUGGUGUUGUCUAUUUAUUUUUUUUUUUUUUAAUUUUACUUCAUUUAUUUAUUUAUUUAUUUAUUUAUUUAUUACAUUUUUUUCGCCAAAUGUCGUCGGACCAAUCACGUACGGACGUCUCAUCCGGGCAUUCGACUUUCUGCAUAAACCUACAUUAGCAAACAACGACUUCUAUUUAUUUACUUUUAACAAAUAUUUAACUUCUUCCUCGUAAAAGAAAUUUAAAAAAAAUAUAAACCCACAAAUAAAAACACACCCAGAAACCCCAGAUGAAGUAUUUUAUAGCGACACUAAAGAGCUAACGCUAACACUAAGCGCUGACGCGCAGUGGUUUCUGGGAUAUGUAGUUUUUAAGACAGUGUUUGCACUAGAAUCGGCGUCGAAAUUGUUUGUGUGAAUCGUUUGUAAAUUUUCGACUACCACACGUAAUAGCGGUAGUAUAUCAUCUGGAGUUUAUACGUGAAAACCUAAACCGACAGAAAUACGUUAAAGUUGAAUGGAUGCAAAAGCCUCCGACAGAAAUGAACAGAACUCAUUUCCGACACCGAUAUGACGUCAGUACCGCCAGCAGUUGCCAACUCAAAGCGCGACGCCAUUAGCGUAAUGUCCAUUAGCGGUUAAUGCCGAACGCUUCCGAAGAUGGCGUACGUACGGUUUGUGAAUACUGUUAGAUGAAGACGCCAAAGUAAAAAAAAAAAAAAAAAAAAAAAAAAAAAAAACCA